GGGGAUAAACACCCGGGUGGCAGCAGCGGCGGCGGCGCUCGGUGUGAGCGGGGCCGCGGGGGAAGAUGGCGGCGCCCGGGGUCUGCGUCAACAUCCAGAUGCUGUUGGAGGCCGCCGAGUACCUGGAGCGCCGCGAGCGAGAAGCGGAGCAUGGCUACGCCUCGAUGCCGCCCUACCGCGGCCAGCAGCGCGAGCGGGACGCCUGCCAGCGCCGGGGCAAGCCCAGGAAGAGCGGCGGCGGUGGCGGCAGCAGCAGCAGCAGCAGCAGGUCCACACACAAUGAAAUGGAAAAGAACAGGCGUGCUCAUCUACGGCUGUGUCUGGAGAAGCUGAAGGGGCUGGUACCACUUGGGCCUGAAUCCAAUAGACAUACCACACUGAGUUUACUUACAAAAGCUAAAUUGCACAUAAAGAAGCUUGAAGACUACGACAGAAAAGCAGUACACCAAAUAGACCAGUUGCAGCGAGAGCAGCGGCAUCUGAAAAGGCAGCUGGAAAAACUGGGCAUAGAAAGAAUAAGAAUGGACAGUAUAGGAUCCACGGUGUCAUCAGAACGGUCAGACUCUGAUAGAGAAGAAAUUGAUGUGGAUGUUGAAAGCACAGACUACCUAAUGGGAGAUCUAGACUGGAGCAGCAGCAGUCCGAGUGACUCAGAUGAAAGGGGAAGCAUGCAGAGCAUCUGUAGCGACGAGGGAUACUCCAGCUCUGGCAUUAAAAGAUUAAAGUUGCAGAACAAUCACAAGCCUUGUCUCAGCCUAUAAGAAGCAACUCCAGUAGCUGUUCCAUCCAUUGCUGUUUCCCUGUUGGAUCUUCUUAGGUAGUAUGUUGGACCGUCCCAUAAUUCUCUUGCACGUAAAUUUAAUGUACCAACAACAUUACCAAAAUCAGCUUUGCCCAAGUCCCAAAACAGUGCUUAGGGUUGUGGGUUACAAGCUACUCUCUGGAGCACACAUCUGAUUGCAUCCACUAGCUUCUCUUUCUGUCAGUAAACUCAUCUCUGUGAGACUGUACAUUCCAACAAAAUUUUAAAGCACCCAAGAAUCUUUUUGCAGUAAUAACAACUUAAAAAAACCUCUACUUUUUCCCUCUUCAUUGUUUUGCCUUGCUGUUAUUGCCUAGUAUUCUAAAUGUACCUUGUCUUUGCCUAGUGACAAACGUAUCUCAAGUGUCUGAGCAUAAUUGUUUGGACUACAAUCUGAAGGGUGAACCUCAACUGUGUUCUAGUUUAGAUCUGGAAAUCGGUGGAGUGAACUUUCAAAGUGAUGUGCGGAGCAUAUUGGCUUUGUCAGCCCUCUGGUACUCCUGAGAAGUAUGCAGCAAGAUCCCAGACAUCACUUUGAACAGUUGGUUCUUAAAUGUUCAGAGUGCUGUGUUUGUAUUUGCAUAGCCAUGUAAUUGUAUUUCUGGCCCAGUCCUGUUGUCUUAAUCGGAACUUGCACUGACUUCCAGUUUCAGUCCCUUCAGUAGAGCAGCCCUGUCUAGCAAGAAUAGUCCCAUCAGAAUUGAUCUCAGACUGGCAACUCAUACAUGCCAGUGGGAAUUUUAACUGCCACAGGACUGUGGGACCAAACUUGUGAGAUUCUUGGCACAUUCUGUAAAUUGCAAGGAGUCUUCUGAGCUGUAGGACCUUAGCAAGGCAAGUACUACUCCGUCUCUUGAAAGUACAUCUGUUUUCCACAUUUCCAAGUUUCUUUAAUACCUAAAACCAAAUGGUACUAUUUCUCCAGUGCAAUUCAUGACCUCAUUGCAUUACAGCUGCAUAUUACUGUUCUAGGCAAGUUUUCCUAGAAGUUUGUUCAUGCUUCUUGUCUCUGGGACAAUUUUUUUCUACCUCAGAGAGAUGAACAAAGAUUAUCUCAAUCCCUUUAGCACAAAAAUAAUUAUGCCUCAUUUGUUUUAGAUAAGUGAUGCUCGGUCCUGUUGAAAUCCAUUUUCCUAUAAAAUUUAGCAAUAACUGAAUGAGGAAGGUAGCUGUGCUAUCUUCGGUUGUCAGUGAUCGAAAAGGGCACAUUUUACUGGAUGUUGCUAAUAGUACGUUACUACGAUUAUUCAGUGAAGUGCUAUUGGCAUUAAAGCACUUCCUCAACUGGUUGAAGUAUUUUUAGGCACUCUAAAUCUGUUUCAUUAAGGAUUUUGCUUGCCAACUAAAAACUAAUAUUUUUUUUCCCAAGCUGUGGUUUCAAACCUUGCAACAUUUUCAUUUAAGCUGAAUAGAGCACAUGUAAAUGUACAUAAAACAUAUGAUCUAUAAAUAGUAUUUAUUCAUUUUAUAUGAAACUAAUGUAAUGGAGAUACAUUCUUAUGACUUUGUGCUUUUAUAGUUGUUCUGGAAACUUUGUAUGUAGAGGUCUGCUAACUGAGACAUAGAUUUCCCCCCCCUUGUCCUUUUUUGCUUGAAAAAUUUUAGGAUCUUUAUAUUCAGCCCACUUGGCAAACUUUGCAAUGACUGUUAAACAUUUGUUUCUGGUAAUAAACCAACUCGCACAAGAUAACCAGAGAGAGCCAACCAAGCAACUGAACUUCACUCUAUAAAAGGGCUAUGUAGCUUAUUUAGUGAUAUGAAAGCCCAUUUUUGUUGCCUGUUUGCCUGAAGACUUUUAAAAUAAAAAAAAUGCAGUUGUCAAGUCUUGACAAGUCAAGCUGCCAAAAGCCACUAAGACAGUCUAUAAAUUGCAAAUGAAUGAACUCUCUAAAGAGACUUGUUUUUCUUAAAAUAUCCUUACACUAUUUUUUGGAUCAUUUGAACUCUCUGAAACAAGAGAAAAUGGGAAACGGGGCUAGUGGAUUGCUCAUAUCUCCAAAGUCUAUUCUCCUUUUUGUGUGUGCUAUGUUUUGAAAACGAAGGAUUUUUUUUUUUUUUUAAAGAGCUGGAAUUUUCAGAUGUCCAGCAGACUUGCACUGAACUUACAACUUGUAUGCCUUUUGCAUUUUUAAGCCUACUUCCUGAGUCCAAGCAGAAAAUCUUCAGAGAGCUAGCUCAAAACCUGUAAACUUUUUUAAAUAAUAAAAAAAAUUGAAUAUCUGCACUUUGAGGUCCUUCACUCCAACACAUUUUUGCCUGAGAGACCUCUCUGGCUUUUUCUUUUCUUUGUUCCAAAUGUUGCAUAAGCUGCCUCACAAAUCCAAACCUAGAGUUGCGGAUAUUGCUACCUUUUUUAUUUUUAAGGUCAGAGUAACUAGAAUUUUGGAAAGCAUCAGAGGGUUAAAAUUGAAAUACAAAAUUGUAUACUUUGUAUUUUCUUUUUAUUAUUAUUUAGAAGUACCGAAUCUUACAGAUUCAGUUUACUGUGUCUUUUAAUUAUUGUUUUGCCUUUUUCAGUUCACUUUUUUUUGUGAACUAUUGCGUGUGUUGUCCCAAUAUAAAACAGUCAUUUUUUGACCUUUGCACUGGAUGUGGUCUUCUCAAUCUUGUUGGCAUAGAAAAUAUUGAAUUUUGAAAAACAAUGCACUAAUGUCAAAACUGACACAAAGGUAUAUUCGGUGUCUUUUUCCAAAACUCUAGGCAGGGGAAGUAAAUUUUGCUAAUGGGAGCUCUAAGGCUACUCUUUUAUUGACUAGGACCAGUUUUGGCAGCUUCAGAUCUUUCUCGGCUAGUCGACAAGCCAGGGCCUCAGGUGGCAAAGCCUACUUCCAAGGUUGCUGAAAUGGUAGCACUGUUCUCUGUUUUGCCAGCCUUUCCUUGAAUUCACUGAUCCACCAGCAUUAUUACUAAAUAAGCUGCAGCAAUUUAAAAUUUUUGUAGACUUGUUUAAAAAAAAUAGGGGGGUGGGUGGGAAUUGAGGGGCUACUCAUAUACCCCAAGUUUACAACUGAUGGUUGCACAGAAGUGUGUUAAUAGAAAAUACACUUUUUUCUUUUCUUUUUGAAAGGGCAGAUUAUAAAAUACUGCCCUCAAUAACAAAGUGUCAGUGCAGAUGGUGAAACCAGGCAUGCACUCAAUUGAACUAGAAAUUGGAAACUCUUGCACUUAAUCAGAGCAGAAAUUUUAAAGUUGCAGUAACAUACAUGUUAGUGUAGGUCUGUCUUUAAACAUCUGAAAGUAUUGGGUGUACCUGUUGAGGUUUUUUCCCCUGAGGCUUGAGCACCCAAGCAAAACUUAGUCUACAAAGCAGAGCUUUCAAGCUCCUCAAGGUGCUGUUUGUUACAUCUUGUGAAUCUCCAGAGUCAUUGCUAAUACCAAUUUAUGAUGUAAAUUCAGAGAGCACUUUUUUGAGCAGCACCAUAGGUGCCACUAACUUCAUAUCUUUCAAGAUGAUCUGAAAUACUCCUGAGCUCUGGGCAUGAGCAGGCCAUGUUCUGCCUAUUGCCAUUUUAGCACUUUGUUCUCUAAUAUGGCACUUCUCCCUCCACCUUCCCCAAACCUACUACAGCUCUGAAAAUGAAAGGAAAACUCUGUUUGGUUUUACUCCAGAGCUACAAAUCUGUGCACUAAACCUAUAAACGUGGUGGAAAGAGAGCCCAGGAUUCAGGGUGAAAGAUGGGUGGUGGGUUUUCACUUGCUUGUUCAAAGCAUAAGAACCAGAUUAAACAAGCUUCUGAGAGAUUUGUGUAGCAAUACAUUAGGGCUUUAAGUUCUAAUUUUGCCCCUUUUGUAACAGAUUUCAGGUUUUGACACUGUAAAUUACUGUAUUGGGAAGAAUUCUGCUUUUGCCAAGCUACAUGUUUGCUCCCCUGAAUGUGUAUAUUCUGUUGUUUUUUCUAUUGCCGCUUAACUUAAAAGUUGUGUUUUGUGUUUUUUAAACUAGUAGUAGAAACAGGUACCCAGUUCCCGAGUAUUAUUGAAAUGUUCAACUCCUACAACAGCUGCUUGAGUAGCAAGCUGAGUAGAUGUGUCCUGAGGUGAGGAAAAAUCAUAAACAUCCCAACCUCACAUAGUCAUCUCAGACCCAAAUCUCUAACAGCCAGUUUAGAAAUAAACCUGGGAUGUGUUAAGUCUCAUCUCAGUUACUACUUUGAGAUAACUCUGCCUCAUUCUUUAGGUGGAAGUCACUUGGGCAUCUCUCAGCUGCUAUUUGCUAGAUAGCUGUAGUGUGACACCAGACAAAAAAAUCCCACAAAAACCUCUGAGCACAUUAUAUAUCUUCUGAAGUGCCCGGACCUCAAAUUGAUUUGGAUUUCUUUAACUCUUUUAUUUGUGCUGGGGUUUUUCCCUUCCAAAUUGAUACAAGAACCAAACUUUCCUGUCUCCCUUCCUUGGGUUGGUCCUUUAAGCAACACUGCUGUCAAACCAUCGGCUUUAUUUUUGGCAGUCUUCCAAAUAAUAAACACAGCCUAAACAGGGGAGCAGCAGAUGGGAGAAUAUGAAUUCUGUUUCCAGAUGUUCAGUUCCUAAUGUAAAUACCACAUCAUUAUAAAUCCUGUGUCAAGACCAUAUAAAGGUGCUUUUUAUUACAGUUAGCACAUGCAUUUUUAGAAACUACAUGUUUU